AGUAAAACGGAUUUCUUAUAAGCUCAGCUAUUUUUCGGACUCGCCAAAAAAAUAUGUAAAAUGCUACAACAUCUCAAAUCUAUAGAUAGGUACCUAUAGUUUAUAUAAGGGUAGUAGUGGAGCUAUAGUUUGCAUAGCACACUUAUGGCCAGUCAACUUCGCCUAGCUAAAUUCAAAUUUGAGAGGAUGCAGUUGUUUCUAGAGCUACCUUAAAUUUGAUUGAAGAACAAGUUCCAUGCUUUAUGCUCAGUUCAUUGACAUGGUCUAAUACGGAGUAGACGUAAAAAUGAACAGACAGCUGUGCUCCAUAAAGAUAAAAGUUCAUAGAUCAUGGAAAAAUCAGUUUUAAAACAAUGUCGAACACCUGAAAGUAACACAAAUCAGAAAGAAAAGAACGUUAUGGAACUGAAUGGUUCUCCAAAUUACCCUGAGAUACAAAAAAAUAUCAAUGGCUUAUCCGAUCCUCCGAGCGCAGAACAGGGUAAAUCCUCGUCACAAAUUGUUCAACCCACUGAAGAUAACGAACUCCAACCAUUUAUAAAUAAUAAAAAUGGAGUUUUUGACAAUUUACUUGGAGAUUCCGAUGACGACACUCUGAAAGCUUUUGAUUUGUAUAGAAAAAAGAAACUUUUAACUCAAAGUAUGAUGGACAUAGCGUUAUUUUCCGCAAACGCCAAUCAGUUGAGGCAUGUCUUGGAGACGUUUGAUGGCCAAUACAUUUCGGUCAUUUGUGUAGUACUUUUAUCGUUGAGUAUAAUCCUGCAAAUUUUGGUUGGCAUAACUAUGCUCUUGAGUAUUCGGUACAAUGUAACUAAUUGCGAAGAGCGAAAGAUGGCAUUCACGUACGGAAACUAUGUUAUUGUCGGAAUAUUCCUCAUAACUGUUGUUAAUAUUUUAAUAUCUGCAUUUGGAAAACCAGCGUGACCAUAUUCAUAUAAAUAUAUAUUAUUGCAAAGGCUAAACAAUAUAGGAUGGGAAUAAAGCCAUCCCCUUAUUUGCGCAAUUUUUGCCAAUGUGUAUAGGCACAACAUAUCAUUAUUAUGCCAUGUUAUAAGUGUAUAUUAAUGAACACCAAAUUUAAUUUAAUAUAUUUUAAAUGUUAUUUUUAUUUUUAACACUAUAGCCUGCAAAUGUAUGAAUUUUGUAUUUUGGCUUAUUCCUGAAAUUAUACGGGUAAUUUAAAUUAUUUGAUAUUAUUUAAUAUUCACAAUAUAUAAACGUAAUGACAUAAGUUAGUAAUACACUUUGUACACAAUGCAAAAGGUAUAAUGUUAUACUAAUUACAAUAUUUUUUUAAAUUAAUACUUGAAGAAUAUUACCGUGAAUAAUAUUGAUUAUAAGGCUGGAAAUCAACUACCUACUUAAAUUAUUUUUAUUUAAUAUAUUUAAUGGAUUACUUAUUAUAUUGAUCAUCCACUGAUGAUUUACUUAUAAUUUCAUAAGUUACUUUUUUGUGUUAAUUUCGAAUUCAUUCCAGCGCAUAAAUACAUAUCUAAAUUAAGUUUAUACUUUUAGUGAAUACAUUUUUUUUGAAAGGUUAUCGAUCCAAAUUUAGCUAAGUAUAUUAAAAUAAAUCCAAAAUUAACUUUUUUUUAUUAACUAUAUUAGGUAACUAUUAACGAUUUAUGUCUUCCAUUGAUGUAUUUUUGAUUUAUUAAUCAGUUAAUGUUAUACUUAAAAUGUACAAAUCAUAAGAUGUAUAAGAACUGUUGUAAAUAAUUUAAGUAUUUAUUUUUUCUAUUUGACUAGUAUCUAUUGUUCACUAAAUAUAGUGAUAAAUACACCUAAACUUAACGAUGUGUAAUUCAAAAUUCAAAUAGGUAAUUGUUUUAUCUUUAAUUGGAUAAUGUAUCGUAUCAUAAUUUAUAAUGUACCUAUAACUGUUUGUAUUUUUAUUAGGUUUGAUUGUUAAUUUGUUCAUACCUAAUAAUUAAUAUGUAUGUACGGUAUUUACCUGCCUAUUUGUCAUAAUUUAUAUCAAGCCAAAUAAAAUAAAUAUGAAAUCAAAACUUUGAUGUAAUUUAACUACUUACAUAUUAGAAAAUGUUAUUUGAUUACAAAACAAUAUAAAGGUACCGUUUAUUUCGGGUUAAGUUUGUUAAA